AUGGCCGUUCUCGGCAACGGGCGCGGCGCUGGGCCCUCGACGCUGGUCAGCCUCGACCUUGGCAGUGAGCGGGCAUCUAGUUUUUGGCAGCUGCUGACCGAGGGCCAGCGCGUGGGUUUGCCAGUCUCGCACUUGUGCCUGGGCGUGACAGCCGAUGCGUCGCGCUCGCUCUGCUGCGCAGUUCUGCUUGAGAAAACUGGCAACCCGCCUGUUCCCACUUCGACAGCCUUUUUUUACAGCUUUGGCGACGGCGAGGCCCCGAGGCUUCACGGCACCUUGACCUCUUGCCACAGUUGCGCCUUUCACCGCGACGGACUGUGGUGUCUGUCGCAGUCAAAAAGAGAGUCUAACUCAGGUGUCUUGCGUCUGUCGUUCAAUGAAUUGGCUGGGGCCGCACGGCUGGAUCUGGCCGCUGGUAAUUCCGCCUUUCGGAGAGUCGUUACUGCCCCCAUUUCUCUGGAGGCCGUGGAUGACAAUGUUGCCCAUAUUUUCACGGCUCACGGUGUCCUUCGCUGCGACGCCAGGAUGAAAGGGCUGCAAUGGAUUUGGCAGUCGAGGGAGCAUCUCAUUUCCGGCGUCGGGUGUAAGGGCGGGGAGCGGAUUGUGCUUUCGUCGGAAGACGACACGGUCCUGGUGUUUGACGUCCGCCAGGCGCAGCAGGCCAUGUACGAGGCGAAUGCGUCCUUUCCGGUUGCCUUGCGCUCGUCAAGAGGUGGAAACGUGGUGCUUGCCACCUCCCGCCGUCAGGUGGGCGUCUUCCACGUGGAACAGCUGGAGUUCUUGGGGGCGUUUGAUAGCCCAGGCGGGGUGCUUGACGCCACUCCGUUAGGCGAGGAGCAGCACGCAGUUCAAGUGGUCUCUGUGACCGCCGACGGCUGCCUGUGUGACUGGACGAUGGAGUUUUAA